UCACAAUUCUACAUACAAAAUCGCUUGUCCACUCCCUCUGCCAUAACGACGACACUCGAUAUCGAUAGACCGUCAUCGCUCGUCUCCGGUACUUCAUACAAUAAAUCCAUAUCUAUAUCGAGUCCAAACUCGCGCUGACAAGGUCCCCGCCACUGGUCGCAUCCGUCCCGACUCCCCCCGUCUCAUACGUCGAAACUCAUUCUCACCGGGUUCGUACUCAACGCUCACUCCGUCGCGCUCCGGCACGAGCAAUCAGAUUACGAUUCACUCGCCGACUAUCUUCUCCUUCCCCGUCACACGGAGGCCCGCCCCGGCCUCUCACCGGGCCACGUGGCCAUGGACAUGGACGCGUACCGGUUCCGCGUGCCCAAGCCCAACUAUCUACCUCACAAGGUCAACGUGGACCGCAAUGACUCUAUUGUCGAGCGGUACGAUGCGCCCCUUGGCCUUGCUAGCGAGCUGGACAACGCCAAGUUCUUCAACAAGUGCAAGCGCAUGGCUGAGGAAUCCGGCAUCACCCGGCCAAAGGGCUACAACGUCUCAUUCCACUGCAAUCCCGAGAUGGAGAAGCACCACUUCGGCGUUACGCACCCCAUGAAGCCCUGGCGCCUCACCCUCUCCAAGAGCCUCAUCUACUCGUACGGCAUGUCGUUCGCCAUGGACAACUACGUCUCACGCGCUGCCACGUACGAAGAGCUCGCCGACUUUCACUCCACCGACUAUCUCGACUUCCUCGGGACUGUGCUACCCGAACCUGUCCCCCGCGACGUGGAGAACCAGAAUCCUGACCUCAAGUUCAACCUUGGAGGUAGUGACUGCCCUUUGUUUGAAGGUCUGUACGAUUACUGCUCCAUGUCGGCUGGCAGCGCCCUGGACGCUGCACGGAAGAUCUGCGCGAAGCAAUCGGAUAUUGCAAUCGCUUGGGGAGGCGGCCUCCACCACGCCAAGAAGGCGGAGGCGUCGGGCUUUUGCUACAUAAACGACAUUGUCAUCGCCAUCCUUGAGCUUCUGCGCCACCAUCCCCGCGUCCUAUACAUCGAUAUCGAUGUUCACCAUGGUGAUGGCGUGGAAGAGGCUUUCUUCUCAACAGACCGCGUCAUGACGGUUUCGUUCCAUAAAUACGAUCCGAAUAACUUCUUUCCUGGAACUGGAGCUCUCGACGACAACGGUCCGAAGAAUGAACAGAACCCAGGGGCUCACCACGCCGUCAAUGUCCCUCUCAACGACGGCAUCACCGAUGAGCAGUACGACAUGCUCUUCAACACCAUCAUCAGCCGCAUAGUCGAAAAGUUCCGACCAAGCGCUGUUGCCCUUCAGUGCGGCGCCGACUCCCUGGCCGGCGACCGUCUCGGGCGCUUCAACCUCCAAGUUCAGGGUCACGGCGCGUGUGUAGAGUUCUGCAAGCGCAUGAACCUGCCCCUCAUCCUCUUUGGCGGCGGCGGCUACACGCCUAGGAACGUUGCCCGCGCCUGGACGUAUGAGACUAGCAUCGCCAUCGGCUGUCAGGACAAGAUUAGCGACGUGCUGCCCCAACACACGCCUUGGCGCGACCAGUUCCGGCAAGAGACGCUCUUUCCCACGCUGGAGCAAAUCCUCGGCGAACCCAGGCAGAACAAGAACCCGCCUAAGCGGCUCCAGGAGAUUGUCAACCACGUCAGCGAGCAGCUGCGCUUCGUCCAGGCCGCCCCAAGCGUCCAGAUGCAGGCCAUACCGCCAGACAUCGGGGCCAUCAGACAAGACGUGGAGGACAGGAUCAAGGAAGAGGCGGCCGAGAGGAAUGACGAGCUGCGGAGGGUCAAGGAGGCUGGAGUCGCCACCCCCAUGGAGUUUUAAGGGCCUUUGUUGUAUGAGCAAGGCGCAGAGGACGAUGGUCUCAAGGAGUGUAUUUGCUCACCAAUGUGCACGAGCUCCGCCAGAGUGUACGGUAGAUACCCAUAGGUGUUGUAUACUCGACUUUGGAUAGAACGUCGCCAAAUACAGACCGCGACCAGCGGCGAUUCCAGAGGCGUGGCGGUCCGCACGCAGGUUUGAUUAUGAUGGGAAACGGCUUCGGCGCAUAUAUGGUGUGUCACCUUGUUUCCUCAACGUCGCAGUCAAGCGGUCACGGGUCAUCAUGGAACUGCAACGAUACGCGCUACUUUAACCCAAAACCAAUGACUUAACUGCGAGCGAAACAUUGUAAAGUUAACAAAAAAAAAGACAUGAAAUUGAAGCCGCGAGGCAUCGGCACCGAUAAGGGGCGAGGUCCCAAGAACAAGCCGGGCCAGCGCCGAGGCGAGACGAGAGCCAGCGUCGAAGCGUUGCUGGUUCGCAACAUCUCUCCGCCCAACGUGUUCCCUCGUAGCCCCCUAUCACCCUGUUGCAGUAUCAAAAUAUAACUCCAGGGGCUCGUGGCAUCUCAACCUCCGCACAGGC